AUGAGUUAUCGCUGCUCACUUCCCCGAAGUUCCCCUUCCAAGAGAUUUCCCGAACUAUUCCUUCGGGAACUUCCUGGUCCCUCGGAGCCGCCAUUGCCUUCCCUUAGAGUCCAUUUGUUCCCCUACCCCCCCUGGCAACCCCUGUCCCGCGAGACCCGGGUGCUCCCCCAGGGUCCCCGCGCUGCCCAAACUUCCCCCCGAGGCCCUGAGUCCCCGAGAGCGGCCCUCCCUCGCCCACUCUCCCCCCAGGGUCGUGCGCCUCCCCUGCCUCCCCCGGCGCCCAAGAGCCCGAAGGCCCUCCUGCAUUCCCCAGCCUUCCCUGCCACGCGAGCUCCCCGCUUCCCUCAAAGUCCCCUCGUCCCCUUCCGCCCCUCCCCGGGCGCGCCCCCGAGUGCGCCUGCCCCCCGGAGCGCCCGCCACGAAACCUGGCUUCCUUCUUCGCGGGAGUUAAAAUGGCGGCGCUGCUCCCCUCGGGUCCCCUCGGAUCCCCUCUCGCGCGGCGGCCUCGCGGUCUCCCGCGCCCGCCCGCACGCCCGCCGCCGAGGCAGACAGCACCUGGUGGGCGCGCUCUUGGGCCGGGCGCGCUGCUGA